AUGAAUGGGCGUUCAAUAGUGAGGGAGUACUCAAUCCGUGAGAGAGGAAUGGGAAUGAUACCCUAUGCCUCAACUCUGCCAUGGCGUAGCAACAAAAGGACUCAGGAUUUGAUUGAACGAAGCCAUUUUGUGUCAUGCCGUACGCUUAUCAAUGUGGUAGUCCCGGGCACAACUGAUGAACGGGCCAUCAACUAG